AUGGAGAAGCAAUCCAGCACCCGGCAUGGUGCCUUAGAGAAAUUGAAGAGCUUCCGGGGGAUAGAGAAGCAGAGAAGCUUCAAGUUCUUGUCCAUGGAGAAGCAGCAGAGCUUCAAAAGGAACAAGGACAGCCCUGGGAAGCGGGGUGACACCGAGCUCCACCUUGCGGCGAGGGCUGGCAGUGUUGCACAUGUCCAGAGGAUCCUUGCGGAGUGUGACCCAGAGCUGGUGGUGGAGUUAGCUGCCCGCCAGAAUCAGGACGGUGAGACUGCGUUGUAUGUGUCUGCUGAGAAGGGGCAUGUUGAAGUUGUGUGUGAGAUUUUGAAGGUUUCUGAUGUGCAGUCAGCCGGACUCAAGGCCAAUAACAGCUUCGAUGCAUUCCAUAUUGCGGCAAAGCAGGGCCAUUUGGAUGUCUUGAAGGAGCUGUUACAGGCCUUUCCCUCAUUAGCAAUGACAACAAAUUCUGUAAAUGCCACAGCUUUGGACACUGCUGCAACUCAGGGCCACAUUGACAUUGUUAAUCUUCUGCUAGAAACAGAUGCAAGCCUUGCUAGGAUUGCAAGAAAUAAUGGCAAGACAGUUUUGCAUUCAGCAGCAAGAAUGGGCCAUGUGGAGGUGGUCACUGCACUGUUAAAUAAGGAUCCAGGGAUUGGUUUCAGAACAGAUAAGAAGGGACAAACUGCUCUACACAUGGCUUCAAAAGGCCAAAAUGCAGAAAUUCUGCUCGAGUUGUUGAAGCCUGAUGUCUCAGUUAUCCAUGUAGAGGACGGCAAGGGGAAUAGACCAUUGCAUGUUGCAACUCGGAAGGGAAACACCAUUAUGGUUCAGACCCUAAUAUCAGUUGAGGGGAUUGAAAUCAAUGCGGUUAAUAGAGCUGGAGAGACUGCUUUUGCUACUGCAGAGAAACAAGGUAAUGAAGAGCUCAUUAACAUCCUGAGAGAGGUUGGUGGAGAAACUGCAAAAGAGCAAGUAAAUCCUCCUAAUCCAGCAAAGCAGCUUAAGCAGACAGUCAGCGAUAUCAGGCAUGAUGUCCAAUCGCAGAUCAAGCAAACACGCCAGACCAAGAUGCAAUUCCAAAAAAUCAAGAAGAGAAUUCAAAAGCUCCACAUUGGUGGGCUAAACAAUGCCAUUAACUCCAACACUGUUGUUGCGGUGCUUAUUGCCACCGUUGCCUUUGCCGCCAUAUUCCAACUCCCUGGUAAUUUUCUGGAGGAUAUGACUCAAGCACCUGAUCCAGACAUGACCUUGGGGCAAGCAUUGAUAGCCAGUGAUCCAGCCUUUAUAAUCUUCUUGGUUUUUGACGCUUUGGCUCUCUUUAUCUCGCUUGCUGUCGUAGUAGUCCAGACAUCUCUAAUUGUUGUUGAGCAGAAGGCCAAGAAGAAGAUGGUCUUUGUGAUAAACAAGUUGAUGUGGCUUGCAUGCCUCUGCAUCUCGGCAGCCUUCAUAGCACUAACCUACGUUGUCGUGGGUCGAGAUGAUGAGUGGCUGGCUUGGUGUACAAUGGCAAUCGGCACUGUUAUCAUGGUGGCCACUCUCGGUUCCAUGUGCUAUUGCAUUGUUGCUCACAGGAUGGAAGAGAAGAGCAUGAGGAAGAUCAGGAGGAACUCCACGAGCCAGUCAUUUUCCAUAUCAAUUGACUCGGAAACGGAGCUGAUGAACAGUGAGUACAAGAAGAUGUAUGCCCUUUAG